AUGCGUUACAAAUUCACCACCAGGGUUUUCAUUUUCCUCGUGGGCAUCACAGUAAUUCCAUUUUUUUUCAACUCUUUGUGGAAUUUCUCUGUGUAUGUCCUCAGCCAUUGGGAGCUGAGCCUUUGUGCCUGUCACAAAUGUUUGAAAGAGGGUGAUCCAUGCUUAACAGACCUUAUCAAGGAGUCUCCUACACCUUUUUUGUCAAAGCAAUAUAGAACCUCAGAGGACGAUUUCAACUGGUGGAAGGAUUUAUAUGGGGAAAAAUGCAACUUCACUUUCUUCAGUGCAACAGUGGACAAGCUGUUUCAGAUAUUCCCACCCGUUCCAGAUGUUUUAGAACCCAGGCCUGACCGCUGCAGGACGUGUGCUGUGGUGGGAAAUUCUGUAAAUUUGAAGGGAUCACAUUAUGGACCUCUGAUAGAUUUUCAUGAUAUUGUAAUAAGAAUGAACUAUGGUCGUACUACUGGCUAUGAAGCAGAUGUUGGGACCAAAACAACCCAUCAUGUCUUCUACCCAGAGAGCGCUACUUCGCUGGCAAACACCACUUAUCUUUUGUUUUUUCCAUUCAAGAUAAGCGACUUUCUGUGGCUCCUCAACAAACUUGAUCCAGAGGAAGACAGUGCUGUGAACUCAAAGAGGAUAGCUAACAAGGAUCUGGUGAUGAUCCUCAAUCCAGCUUUCAUGAGGUAUGUUCAUGACGCUUGGCUGGGACAGAGGGGCUACUAUCCAUCCACGGGCUUUCUGACUUUUGCACUCAGCUUGCUGAUUUGUGAUGAGGUCAACGUUUUUGGGUUUGGAGCAGACAGUGAUGGAAACUGGAACCACUACUAUGAACAACACAAAUACAAAGACCUAAAAACUGGAGCCCAUCCUGGAACAUUUGAAUAUCAAACUAUUGAGAAAUUACAUAAAAGACAAAUGAUCGAAUUUUUUAAAGGAUGGUAGUGUUUUUUUUCUUUUUUCUUUGAAUAGCAUACACAUGAGCAGCACAAAAUGAGCAGCUUUGGUCUUUUCACAUCUACACACGGAGGGUUUUAUUUUUAAGUUGUAUAGUAUGAAGUCCCGUAUGAUGCUUAGUGUAAAAUAUACAGUUGACUAAAACAGCUGUACUAAGCCAGCAACUAUGGAUUUUAGUGUGUGUGUUGGUUCAGUAUCUAUUACAUUCUGGUCUAAAAUGUUCAUUUUUCUGAUUCACUUGGUUAUUUGACUUCA